AUGGACGAUUACCACAAUGGCAAGGAGAAGCACACGAGCGACGUCCAGGCGCCGGAUAUCCAAGAGGCCUUCAUCGCCGAAAAUGCCGACCAGCUUCAACGUCACCUCAACAAUCGCCAGAUCCAACUGAUUGCCAUCGGAGGUUCCAUUGGGACAGCGUUGUUUGUGAGCAUUGGAGGCGGUCUCUAUCGUGGCGGCGCUGCGAACCUGUUCUUGGCCUAUACAAUCCACAGCUUUGUGCUCGCCAUGGUCAACAACUGCAUCGCAGAGAUGAGCACGGCAUACCCGGUCAGUGGUGGCUUCAUCCGUCUAGCUGGCAAAUGGGUGGACGAUGCCCUCGGUUUCAUGUGCGGCUGGAACUUCUUCUUUUACGAAGCUCUCCUGAUCCCGUUCGAGAUUUCGGCCUUUACCCUCGUGGCGUCUUAUUGGAGUGACAAGCUCACCGAGCCUGGCCCGAUUGCUGGGGUCGUGGCCGGAUGUGUUAUUGCCUAUGCUUGCAUCAAUGUUCUCGCCGUCAGAGCAUACGGAGAAGCCGAGUUCUGGCUCUCUGGUGGAAAGGUCAUUUUGAUCUUUUCCCUCUUCUUCUUCACCUUUGUCACCAUGGUUGGUGGCAACCCACAAAACGAUGCCUAUGGCUUCAGAAACUGGAAGCACGGCGGGGCGUUCCGAGAAUACAUUCAUACGGGCGAUCUGGGUCGAUUCCAAGGGUUCCUCGGUGCCCUCACGUCUGCAGUCUUCACGAUCGUCGGUCCCGAGUACAUCUCCAUCGUCGCCGCCGAAGCAAUUCGCCCGCGCGUUUACAUCAAGGCCGCGUUCAAGAUGGUAUACAUCCGAUUCGGCAUCUUUUUCAUCGGCGGCGCUUUCUUUGUGGGCAUUGUUUGCGGCUCCCGAGACCCAGGUUUGGUGAAUGUCGUCGAAGGUGGAAGCGGCGUUGGCGCUGGAGCAUCGCCCUAUGUGAUUGCCAUGAAUAAUAUGGGAGUGCACAUUUUUCCACAUAUCGUCAACGCGUUGCUGUUGACUUCGAUAUUCUCGGCGGGUAACACGUACACGUACGCCGCCACGCGCACGCUCUACGGCCUGGCGCUCGAAGGACGAGCACCACGCAUCUUCUCGCGCUGCACGAAGAAGGGAGUACCGAUUUACAGCUUCUUCGUCGUCAUGAUUUUCCCCAUGCUCUCGUUCCUGCAGUGCUCGAGCAGUUCGUCUAUUGUGGUCACAUGGUUCGCCAACAUUGUGACUGGGGGAGGCCUCAUCGACUUCAUCAUCAUGACCAUCACCUACAUCCAGUUCUACCGCGCCUGCAAAGCCCAGGGCUUCGACCGUAAACGCCUCCCCUACACCGGCUACCUUCAGCCAUUCUGCGCCUACUUUGCCCUCGUUUGGCUGAUCCUCGUCACGGCGAUUUACGGCUACACGAGCUACACGCCGUGGGACACGUCCAACUUCUUCUCCAACUACAGCAUGCAACUCUUUAUCCCCUGGUUGUUUUUGAUCUGGAAGAUCAUCAAGAAGACCAGGUGGCUGCGACCCCACGAAGUCGACCUCGUGUGGGAGAGGCCUAUCAUCGACGCGUACGAGGAGACCUUUUUGGAUCCUCCCGUCGGUUUCUGGCGGGAGCUGGGACAGAUGGUCGGUCUGGGGAGGAUCAAGGGCGGAAACGACAAGCGGCGGCCGAGUGUGGUUCAGCCGACCGAGCCUACUGACAACGGGUUCAAGCACGCGUAG